AUGGUGUCCCUCCUGGCGCUGCAGGAUCAGACGGUGUCGGUCUUGUGCGCUCCGUCCGAGGUCCCCGACGGAGGCUUCGGCAACGCGGUGCCCAUGGUGAUGCGGGGGAACUGCACCUUCUACGAGAAGGUGCGCCUGGCGCAGAUCAACGGCGCUCGCGGGCUGCUGGUGGUCAGCAAGGAGAGGCUGGUCCCCCCAGCUGGUAACCGGAGUCAGUAUGAGGAAAUUGAUAUCCCAGUGGCCCUGCUGAGCUAUGCAGAUAUGCUGGACAUAGGACGGAGCUUUGGUCAUUCAGCCAAGGUGGCAAUGUACGCACCUGGUGAGCCCGUUUUGGACUACAACAUGGUGAUCAUCUUUGUCAUGGCAGUGGGCACGGUGGCUGUCGGCGGGUACUGGGCUGGGAGCAGAGACGUGAAAAAGCGCUACAUGAAGCACAAACGGGAUGAUGGGGCUGAGAAGCAUGAGGAUGAGACCGUUGAUGUUACUCCAGUCAUGAUUGGCGUCUUUGUGGUCAUGUGUUGUUCUAUGCUGGUCCUCCUGUAUUAUUUCUAUGACCAACUAGUAUAUGCCAUCAUAGGAAUUUUCUGCCUGGCAGCUUCCAUCGGUCUCUAUAGCUGCCUUUCCCCGUUUGUCCGAAGGUUCCCCCUUGGAAAGUGCCGCUUUCCAAAUAACAACUGGCCUUAUUUCCACAAACGCCCCCAAGUCCGGAUGCUCCUCCUUGCUGCAUUCUGCGUUGCUGUCAGCCUGGUCUGGGGUCUCUUCCGAAAUGAGGACCAGUGGGCCUGGAUCCUCCAAGAUGCCCUGGGGAUUGCCUUCUGCCUUUAUAUGCUGAAAACCAUCCGCUUGCCGACUUUCAAGGGCUGCACUUUGCUUCUCCUGGUCCUCUUUGUGUAUGAUGUUUUUUUCGUCUUCAUAACACCAUAUCUGACCAAGACAGGAGAGAGCAUCAUGGUGGAAGUGGCUGCUGGGCCAACCGACUCAUCCACUCGUGAAAAGCUUCCGAUGGUGCUCAAAGUCCCCCGGCUCAACUUCUCCCCGCUGGCCCUCUGCGACAGGCCGUUCUCUCUCCUGGGAUUUGGGGACAUCUUGGUGCCAGGUCUGCUUGUGGCAUAUUGCCACCGGUUUGACAUUCAAGUCCAGUCGUCCAGAGUGUAUUUUGUGGCUUGCACCAUAGGUUACGGCAUCGGCCUCUUGGUGACCUUUGCGGCCCUGGCGUGGAUGCAGAAGGGCCAGCCGGCACUCCUCUACCUUGUGCCCUGCACGCUUCUCACCAGCCUCCUCGUGGCCCUUUGGCGCCAGGAGCUGGCCAUGUUCUGGACAGGCAGCGGCUUUGCGAAAGAGCUACCUCAUCCUCCCUUAGUCAUCUCCCCCGUCAGCUGCCCUGCACCUCCAAAAGGGGGGAGUUCUCCAGCAUCCCACCCAGAAGCCGACGGAGAAACAGCCACUUCUGCUGCCCCCCCCAGAGAGCCAGCCAGCACCCACUUGGGCAGUGAGGAGCCACAAGCCUCUUUCCUGGAGAUGGAGGAAGAGGGAGAGGAGAAGGAACAGACUGAAGCUGGUGAGCCCCAGCCCGACCAGCCACCUGCCCAACGGCCACAAGAAGAGCAGCCCAGCUCUCCGCAGGAUGAUGUUCUGGGACAGACGAGCCCCCCAGCCAAGCACAGUCAGUCUGGCUAGACUCCCCCCUUCUCCUGCCCCUGACUCCCGAGUGCAGCCAAGGACCGAUUUGGUCACCUUCACAUUUUGCACAGAAGCACUACAUCAAUUCUUGGGCCAUUCAGCAUUAGGAGACUUCCAGGCUGGAUUUUGGCGGGGCAGGCUAUCAGCAUUUCAUACCAAAUCCCCUUCCAUUUUGAAUAUGGUGCUUUUAUGAAGGUUCGAAUAGAAUUUCCGCAACUGUUUAAGAAACAAAUCAACAAGCAGAUGCCUUUCCUUUCCCCGUUUCAUUCUGCUGGGUAGUAUUAAUACCUUUUUUUAAAAAAUGUAGGUAGUAUUUGCACUUGCGUGGCCAUGAUAAUCGCUUUAGCAUAACUAGGGCUGCGUGGGAAGAGACUCUUCUCUGACAGUAGGCAUUUCCUCUUUUUAAAAAUAAUCUCUCCAUGGAAGGCCCUGCAUUUUUCCUUCCAAUGGGCAAUUUAUGUAUUGUCCUCUCAAGGAAUGAGCUGGUCUCAGAAAGAAUUUGUUUACAGCAAAUGGCAUUGACUCUGUCUUUGUGGGGUUUUCGUUCUGUCUUUCUCUGGUGGAUGGUAAUGCUGCUGGAAGUGAGGGGUGCCACGGCCUGCUGAUUUCCCUUCCAAGGAAAAGACCGUGGGACGUGGCACCCCAACUUGCUGGCCUCUAAGCAGAGCUCAGGAGGAGGUGGGGUACCCUUCAGAACUCUCCGGGCUGGGAAGGAAGAGACUACUGUUGCUUCAGGCCAUCAGGUCCAGCUAGGAAGGUAUAGAUUUUGUGUGCCCAGUGGCUUGUGGAAGUGGUUCCUGGACCCUGUCCAGCCCCUGUCCAGCAUUUGGCUGCCUUGAGGCCAGUUCCAGGGAACGAGACCAAGGCUGUGCAAGAGGCAGAUGGAGGUGAUCUCUUCUUCCGGAUCGCUGUUCUGGUCUCCCUCCAAAUUGACCCAGUGGUUUCCAUGCCACUGCCAGAGCCCUGAUUAUGCCCUGUGGCCCUGGGUUUUGCUCUGCUUAAUUCCUGGGGGAGGGGGGGAAAUGAAGGCAAUGAGAUAGGGUUAGGGUUAGCUGGGGCUGGACGGGAAUUGGAUAGGGAGCACCGGCUCAAGGCAACAAGUCAGGG